AUGAAAGUAAUUGUGUGCGGUCACCAGCAGAAUCCGUCGGCGUCGGCUCUGGAGCUGGUGGGACUGACGGAUUGUCCUAAAAGAGCUAUGCAAAUUCGCAAUACAAUCAAUUUCAUAUUUCUGACGUACCUACUCAUUUUUGCACGGGGAGUAUUGUCUGUCAGCCUAAAAGACGAUCAUGUUCAGAAAGAAGCGAACGAUGUGCAGAAACAGCUCUUCGACGUUAGAACACAGCUGGAGAAGUUCAACUCUCACUAUUUGAUUAACCUUGAACAACGAAUGUUAAAUAUUCUCACAACAAUGACAAGUAUCGACAGCAAUGUGAAGACACUACAGGAAAAAUCGCAAAUAUGGGAUGUUUUUCAGCAUCACAUUGGGGCAUGGAGCGAUCAUAUUAAGUCCGUAGAUCAUAAACUAGAUUUACUGAUAAAUGCACAGCAAAGCAUUCCACAUUCGUUGGACUCAAAACUUUCGAACCAGGAUUUUAAACUACAACAUGUUUUCGAUAAAGUAAACACGAUCAAUGAAAAACUUCAUGAUAUUACAAAAACCGUUUACGCUUUAUCGAGCAACUAUCGCAGACGUCGAAAUGACCGAGAACCGGUUGAUCAAGAGGCAAUUUUGGCCAAAUUAAGCAACCUGCAGAAGCAAUUAAACCGUCUUGAAACGAGCUCGACGAACUGCCAGAAGAAAAAUGGUAACUGCAAUAACAAGCCCAAGAAAGAUGUUCAAGAAUUCGAGGAUGAGCUAGACGAUUUUCUCGAUAAACUUGCAACCAAAAAACUAAAGGAUCUUGCGACAAGUCGAAAGCAUGGGCGUUCACUCGAUAAUUUAUCAAAUGUACUGCGAUCGGUAGAUGAACGUACCAUUAGAAUUUACGAUCUGGAAGCUAACCAAUUUGAACAGAUAUUAAGUUGCUGUAAGCGUACUGAUCAUGAAAUAACUACUUUUACCAACAGUGCGGACAUAUUGUUAAAGCGCAUCGAACAUUUGGUGAUUUCUGUCGAUCAGAAGAUUGAGCAACGAAACCAUCAACAAUGUGUACGAAACAUACUUCCUACAACAACUGAAAGCGAAGUUACAGCUAUGGUUGAACUCGGUAGUGGUGAAAAUUUCGAACUAUCUUCUACUACAACAAAUUCGAAAUCUGAAAUUGAUUUUGAAGUCUUUGACUACCAUCAGCCGCACAAGCAAGGUUGCGAACAGCUGACGACUAGAAUGGAUAGCGUCUACACCUUUGGUAAGGUUGAGUUAAAUGAGGCAAACCGGGAUUUCAACAGGCGUUACUGUAAAUUUGCUACGGACGGGCCAGCUUGGACAGUAAUCCAACGUCGACAGUUGAAUGAUUUACAAGAAAAUUUCAACCAGUCGUGGAAUGCUUACAAAAAUGGUUUUGGUGAUUUAAAUAAGGAAUUUUGGUUUGGAAACAAUUUCAUCCACAUGCUUACGUAUGAUGACAACGUAGAAUUGAGAAUCGAAUUGGAAGAUUUUGAUGAAAAUUACGCUUAUGCAGAAUAUAAAACGUUUCGCAUUGAUUCCGAGAAGUUCAAUUACAACCUCAUGAUCUCUGAUUUCCACGGAAAUGCAUCAAAUGCAAUGGCAUAUCACAAUGAUCAAGAUUUUAGUACCUUUGAUCGAGCUAACGACAAAUCUAACGGAUCGUUCUCAUGUGCAUUUAGCUUCGGUAGUGGCUGGUGGUUCAACAAUUGUGCAGAGUCCAAUUUGAACGGUAAAUACUACACAGACAAUCCCAAGUCCCACAAGUAUACUGGAAUACUGUGGGAAACAUGGCUGGGAGACUAUUCUCUCAAAUCAUCUACAAUGAUGAUCCGACCUAGAGAAAACUGGUCCGACGACAACGACGAUCGUGUGCAUCCACAAGACCCUUGA